UGCAUUUCCCCUUAUCAUGGUUAUAAAAGACCACGCGCUUGCACAGUUUGGUAUUUCUCGUGAUAGCUGCACUGUUUUAUCUUGUCCUAUUGAGGCGGUUGGUCGUCAUUUCAAACAAACUUUAAGAUUUGUUGCAAACCUCUCUCUCCCGAGCGUCAUGGAAGCGCCAUUGCUUCUUGCUGUCAUCUUGGGCUGUCUCUUGACAAUUGUUAGCAACCCUGCUGAAGCUUAUACCUAUCAGCCCUGCAACAAUGGCUGGAAACACUUCAAGGGCAAUUGUUACCUGUUCCAGUAUAAUCUUCAUCUUUGGGGUGGCGACGCUUCUUUUGAUGCACAUCAGAAACGUUGCAAAAGCAAAGGCGGCAACUUAGCCAGCAUUCACGAUUAUGACGAGAAUAAUUACAUCGGGCAAAGCAUACGUAAUUUUAAAGCAGCGUGCUGGAUCGGCUUCGAAGACAAAGAUGGCAGCAAGGCCUUCCAGUGGUUGGAUGGAUCACGGGCAGAAUACACGAAUUGGGGUUAUGGCCAUGUUACCGUCACUGGUCGCAGGGCCUGCACUACCAUGCAGGCUACGGAUCUUUACUGGCGUAUUGAUUAUACAUGUGAUCAACGCGCAGUCUGCAGUGUAUGCAAAAAACCAUCAACCAAACUGCCAUGUGCAGCCAGCCGCUGUCUGAAUGGUGGAAACUGCGUGGAACCAAAAUGGAAUGGUGGAAAGGAGCCAUCCGAUUUCACUUGCGCGUGCCGAAAAGGUUACAGUGGCAAGAACUGUGAGUUAGAUGUUGACGAGUGCAAAACGGCAUCGUGUGCCUCCGGCAAAUGUGUAGAUGGUCGUGGCUCCUACGAAUGCGUGUAAAUCAAUUCUACCCGGCUUGAUAUUCAGUUCAUCCACUAAACAUAUUGCGGUAUCGGUAUUUGUUUUUGUGUUUUGUUCGAAGAAAAGGCAGUGUCUCAACUUUAGUGACUUAAUUAAGCCACAAAGUAAGGACGCAUUUAGAAUAAACUCCAUCAGUAUAUCACCCGUACCCUAAAUGGUACAUAUUCUAACAUUCAAAACUUGACUAUAAAAUGGCCUAAUUCACUGAGGGUAAAUAUAGGUUCAAGCAUUCUGUGAACUUCGUUGGUAUGCUGUCAUUAAGAGGAAUUACCAUAAUAUUGGUUUGGAACAAAUACUACAUUUAGAGAAUUCUUGCACUACCCAGCCGGCUGGUUGCGAAGCCUUAAGCGUCGACGUUGUGAAACGAAAUUAAACCGAUUACGUACUUGGACACUAUAACAGAGCAAUGCAAUUUGUGCACCCCCCUCCAAAAAAAAAUGUCUUUUGAACGUUGUGGUUCUCAGAAAGCAGCCUAUGCUCCGUGUCAUUGAAAUGUUAAAUUAAUAACGAGUAGAAAUUCUAAACUUCAUGUCAGCGAAAAAAAAUUACCGUCCUCGAUGCUGAAACGUCAAUACUAGUUACUGGUAAAGCUGACCUUCAAGUCGUUAAAUUAAGGUAAGGUAAAUUUCGACGAAAUGUUGCGGUUUUUUUUUCAACCAUAUUUACUCACUUGCAUAGUUUUCAGGUUGGCUAAUUUGGGCGCAACAUAAUAAGCAUAUUCAUAAGCGUGCGCGUGGAUCUCCGUGUCGUCUUUGUAUUCUCUAUUGUUUCGGCCAAUAGAAGCCGGCAAAAAGGAUGAUAUUUAUUAAUUAACUUGUAAAGGAGGCUAUUCUGCAAAAUUUUACUGCACACCAUAAUGGAUAGGAAGUGUAUUAAUAUAUUUGUGUGACUUGAAAAGAUUGACAGAUAUUACAAACACCAGUGUUACAACUUAUUAAAAUGUACGUAGCUAGGCCUAUUUUUCCAAUUUCAACGAAAAGUACUAGACAUAUCAAAACGAUUUUUAGCACAAAGUUGGAUCGUUGAUAAGGAAACAAACUCUGAAAUUUGCAUGACGAUAACGGUGUUCCAAAGGGGGAGAAAUUGAUUUCCAAAGAUUUCGCCCACCAGUGUGAACAUUUCUGAGUGCAUGUUGUUUCAUUCAAAAUAAAGUAUUUUGUAACCAUUAGAAAUCAGCCUUCGCAACCAGACGGAUGAACCUGUGAAAUCACAAUCAAAUGGGUUUUAUUACAAGAGAAAUUAGGUAAGCUGCAUUUUGAUUUUGAAAUCGAAAAGCAUGUUUGCUUGUUUAUAUUUUCUGGCAUUUAACUGUUCAGUGGAACGAUGUCUGCUGAUUGGAGCUGAUUUAAACAUUUCUUUGUUUAGUUGGAUGAAAAAUCGGAGCGAGAAAGAGAAAACAGAAAGGCAUUGUGAUUGCACCCAAGCAUUCUCUGCUAUCUUUUAAGUUAAAUUUAUUUGAUGGUUCAUGGUUUUGAUUUAGAUAAAUCUGAAACUGAUUCGAAUACAUUUUAGAAGGUUUAAUAGUAGUUAUAUUCUUGGUGUCGUAAUAUUGUUGAACUUUUCAAUUGUAUUUAUUUACUCACAUUGCACGAUUUGUUUUCCACACAAAAGGAAUCAGAAAAUCAAUAAUAGUCUAAUUAAAAUACGGAAGUUGAGUGCCCGUGCGCAGUCGUGAUAUAUUUUCCAUAAAUAGAAAAUGUUUCAAAAUAUACAGGAUGGUCCAAAAUAAAGGACAUCUAUUUUUUACAGCAAUUUUCACCUUCUUAGUUAACAUAUUUCUAUUGCUUCUCUAUAGUAGCAAAGUAGUAGCCCCUAUAGCCCAUGCGUGGUAAGAAAGCUUAGUAAAAGUCGCACGAAUAGUGAUAUCAUGCUGAUAAGAAUACAAGUCAUGCAUAUGACACGUGUAUACAUUGAAGCAGUAUACCCAUAAAGCCCACGUUGGCUUCAACAUGAACUGGAGGACAAUGGGUAUGGGACAUUCCAUACAAACAUAUUUUGUCAUUCCGUAACGUGUUUAUGAACAAGCGUGAUAACUAUGACUAAAUGCAAUAAAGUUUCAUUCCUAUAAAAUGCACAAUUUCCGGUGUCAGAAUUGUGUUCAAAAAAGUGGAACUCUCUU